AUGGGUCACUUCGCGUCUGUAUGUCCUGAUCGCUUACUCAAGCUACAGAUAACUACAGAAACAAAAGAGAAAGACGAUGCGACACAUGAAGCAGAGGAACUGAUGAUGCACAAGGUGGUCUACCUUAACGAGAAGAACGUUAACCCACUGGACUUUGAGACAAGUUCAGACAAUGACAAAGUAUGGUAUCUAGACAAUAGGGCAAGCAAUCAUAUGACUGGCAACCAAAGGUAUUUUAAGUCCAUCGAUGAAUCAAUCACUGGCAAAGUAAGGUUUGGAGAUGACUCUCGCAUCGACAUCAAAGGAAAAUGGCCAAUAUUGUUCCUCACCAAGGAUGGAGGAAAGAAAAUACUUGCCGAUGUCUAUUAUAUACCAGACUUAAAGAGCAACAUAAUCACUCUAGGACAAGCCACAGAGUCCGGCUGUGACAUCAGAAUGAAAGAAGAUUAUCUUACAUUACAAGACAAGGAUGGAAAACUGAUCGUCACAGCAAAACGUUCUAAGAAUCGGUUAUAUAAGGUGACUAUGGACAGUAACGAAGAAUGCCUACAGCUCUCAGUUCCAAGUGAGUCCGCAAGAUGGCAUGCACGGUUAGGUCAUAUAGGGAGAGAAGCAAUGCGACUGAUGGCUAACAAAGAAUUCGUGUAUGGACUACCUAAGAUCGAGAUUGAUAAGGAGACAUCGCCUAAUUGCCUACUUGGUAAACAAGCAAGACAUACGUUUCCGAAGACAACGUCAUAUUGA